AUGGCGGCGCCGAGUUCUGACAAUGGCAGCGUCGUCUUCAUCGACACAAACCUCGACACUCAUUUGGCCCUCACCGUCUCCGAUCAAGAUACCGUCUCCGACUUCAAAAAGAGAAUCGUGUUAGAGCAUCCUUUAUGUUUUCCCAAAAUUGGACAGAUACAGAUUAACGGGAUUAAGGUUAAGCGCAACGGUCACUUUUAUCAUUUAUCGGAUUCAAUGAUUGUGAAAAGUGCAUUUAGUGGUUUUAAGAAAAACUGGUUUCUUAGUGUUGAUGUUUCUGCACUGGAAGAUUGUAGACAGAAUGAACAAUUGUUUUCUCAUGCUUUUCUUCAUCGGGUGGAUUCUAUUGGUGUUGCAAAUAAUGCUUUAGUCCGUACAAGUAAUGAUAAUGCUGUUAUUUUACCAUGCAAUUAUCAGUUGCAAACGUUGGAGAACAAACGAAAUGAAAGCGAAGGAGUUCCCGUUGUUAGCCCUUGUGUUUCUGAACACAGUGCUAAGAAAGGGGACACAAAUUUGAAGGCCGAUGCUAAUUCAUCUGGCCAUAAUGACAUGGAAGUUCCAUUGCCCAGUUCAAUCCUGAAGACAGAUGACUGUAGUCCUUUAAAUAAGGAAGUUCAAAGUUUACAUAUGGAUUGCGAAGUAGAUGGGAUUGAUGAUGGAAAUAAGGGGGAUUGUAAUGUGUAUGAAGAUGAACCUUCGGUAUCUGUGCAAAGUGAGACGAGAAAACGGAAGAAGAAAAGGAAACGAGAAGACACUGUGGUGGGCGAUAAUUCCAAAGAAGAAAUUGCUUCUGCGGGGGGAGAUAAUUCCAAAGAAGAAAUUGCCUCUGAUCGCCCUUUGGUUUCAGAGCACACUGGAAAAAAAGCUGUGAAAAAUUUGGAGAUGGUUCCGAGUUUAAAUAUUGAAUGUGAAGUUGGUGGAUCCGAUGAAGGAAAUAAGGAUGAUUGUAAUAAGGGUGAAGAUGUACCUUCAAUAACUGCGCCAAGUGCAAAGAGAAGAAAAAGGAGUAAAAAGAAAAAAGAAGACACUGCUGGAGAUGAUAAUUCAAAAGAAGAAAUCCCUUCUGACCGCCCUCAUGUUUCAGAGCACACUGAAAAAGAAGCGGUGAAAAAUUUGGAGGUGGUUCCAAGUUUUCAUAUUGAAUGUGAAGUAGAUGGAUUGGGUGAAGAAAAUAAGGGAGUAGUAGCUUCAACAUCUGUGCCUAGUGCAAAGAAAAAGCGGAAGAGUAAAAGGAAAAACCAAGACACUGGGGGAGGUAGUAACUCAGAAAUUAACAUUGAAGCUGUCAAUAAUCCUGUUGGUUGUCCAUCAGAAAGGGCAUCCGGUUUCAACAUUUUUCAAGUGCCUCAAUCAGAGAACAAGCAGGAUGAAAAAGAAGAAAUCCCUAUUGACCGCCCAUGCAUUUCGUUGCUCACUGAAAAAAAAGCAGUAAAAAAUUUGGAGAUGGUUCCGAAUUCACAUAUUGAAUGUGAGAUAGAUGGGUCCUAUAAAGGCAGUAAGGAUGAAUCUAUUGUUGUAUGCGAGGAAGAAACGUCUAAACCCUCUCCAAGUGCAAAGAAAAAGAAGAAGAGUAAGAGUAAAAGGCAAAAAGAAGAUGCUGUGGGAGGUGAUAUCUCCAAUGAUAACAUUGCUUCUGUUGAUAAUCCUCCCGGUUGUCCAUCCGAAAGGGCAUCCAAUUUCAACAGUUUUCAGAUGCCUCAAUCAAAGAACAAACUGGAUGAAAAAGAAGAAAUCCCUUUUGACCGCCCAUGUGUUACUCAGCCCACUGAAAAAGAACCAGAAAAAAAUUUGGAGAUGGUUUCUAAUUCACAUAUUGAAUCUGAGGUAGAUGGGUCCAAUAAAGGCAGUAAGGAUGACUCUAUUGUGUGUGGGGAAGGAACUACUAAACCCGCACUAAGUGCAAAGAAAAAGAAAAAGGAGAAGAGUAAGAGUAAAAGGCAAAAAGAAGACACUGCCGGAGGUGAUAUCUCCAAAGAUAACAUUGCUUCUGUUGAUAAUCCUCCUGGCUGUCCAUCUGAAAGGCCAUCCAAUUUCAACAGUUUUCAGGUGCCUCAAUCAGAGGACAAACAGGAUGAAAAAGAAGAAAUCCCUUGUGACCGCCCAUGUGUUUCACAGCUCACUGAAAAAGAAGCUGUCCAAAAUUCGAAGAUAGCUCCAAAUUCACAUAUUGAAUGUGAGGUAGAUGGGUCCAAUAAAGGCAGUAAGGAUGACUCUAUUGUAUGCGAGGAUGGAACUUCUAAAUCUGCACCAAGUGCAAAGAAAAAGCAGAAGAAUAGAAGGAAAAAAGAAGAGACAGUGCGAGAUGAUACUCUGAAAGUAAGUGAUGCUUCUGUUGUUGUGCCAGCUCAGCAAGAUAUUGUAGUCCUAGCCAACUCUUCAGAGAAUGCAAAUAAAGAAGUAAUUAAGGAAACUGAUGCUUUAAAGGAGAGCACUGCAUGCAACGAUAAUAACACUAAGAAUGACGUUAAUGUUCUGUCUAUGAACGAGGCUUCAGAACUCAUGUCUCCUGCAAAGAAGCAAAGGAAAAGGAAGAAACCUCUAGCUCAUGAGUCAAAAGAUAUCAUUAUGAGCAAAACGAAUUGUGACCAAAUGGAGAUUGGGACGGAGGCUCGCAAAGAAAGCAUGCAGUCUACUACAAAAGAUGCAGGAAAUUAUAAGAACCAGUGUAAUGUUGAAUUGGAAGUACAGCUUUCUGAUGCAAACGAACCCAAGGGUCUGAUGGAGGAUAACGAGAAUGUUGUUGUUGGUCAUUGUCAUGAAAGUGAAAUUGGUCCAAUCGAUGGAGCUGCGGCUGGAGAAGUAUCACCACAAAAUGUUGAUAUGAGUGGAGUAAAGGAACCUGUAAAACCGGUGAAUGAAAAAAAGGGGAUAAAAAAAGCUUCGAAUAAAGGUGGAGGAAAGACGCUUAGAAAAGAUAGUGACCAUGUGGACGCUUCUGAGAGUGAAACAGUUGUUACCAAGUCUCUUAAAGCAACCAUUUAUGAUCCUAUGGCAGGAGAUACGGAGACAAAGGAAAAUCCUCUAAAUCAAACUGAAGGGAAAGUGCUGCAGCAGGAGAAACUGCAAGGGACUGUUACUUCUAUGACAAAUAAGGGAGAUGAUUUUAGCACUAACGAUAUUGAUUCACCGGAACAAACUAAAAGAAAACUUAAUGCACAAAAUGUGGAUGAACAUGUGAGCAAGAGACUGAAAAAUAUUUCAAGCAACAAGCAAACUUCUACACCAAAAGGCACAUCAGAUAUGCUAGCAAAUGGUCAUGUUUUUGGAAGUAAGAAAGAGCGCGUCGUAAACAGUAUUGAUAAGGCACCAAAUGCACACAAGAGUGGACAAGUUGCAAAAUUGUCUAGUCAGUCUGACAGCGGCAUGUCCUCAAUUGGUGAAUAUAGAAAACCUCCUAACAGUGCUUCUGGGAAAAGUAUGGAUUUGGAAAAGCAAAGGAAACACAUUCCUACUUCAAAUGCAAAUCUGGAAGAAGGUUUCAACAAAACUGUUCAAAAUAAAGCAAGAAAAGCUUCCGGGAAUGAUGCCAUGAGAGUUGUAAGUAACUCUCAGCAGAAGAAGAGUUUGUUAGAAGGAGCAAUAUUCAAAGAUGACAGUGACAGUGUCUCCGAAGAUGAAGAUAAGGCUUAUAAUUCUGAUGCCAGCACUAGAACUCCAUCUGAUAACUCAAUCCCAUCUGAUUUAGAUGGGUAUGACAGUCCAGGUCUGGAUUCACAACAAAAUGGUUCUUAUGAUGGGAAAGGGCUGGAAAAUGAUGAAAAAAGUUCCUUAAAAUCAAGUUUGUCAGGCACAACAAAAAUGCCAAUUGAGCAUAUCCUUAGAAGCUCAGCAAGGUAUAAGAAAGCCAGAAUUACAGCCUCUCAAUUGGAUGAAUCUGAAAGUCUGCCAGAAGUUGUUCCUGACAGCCUUCCAUAG